AUGGCCACAGAGAUCCCCCGUCGCCGGCGCGCCCCUGCGAACAGCGAGAAUCAAGAAAAGCUCUCAAAAACCCAAUACAAACUCAAGCGCAAAAACCAGACUAUCCAUGUCUUUGCAACCAUCAGUUGGAACUUCAAGGGUACCCUCCACUUCUAUACAGGCACAGGGAAAGGCGGAAGGCUUAUCCAAGCUGAUUAUGUGAAGAUUUUGGAGGAGGUUGUUGCUCCAGAAUGGGACGAAAAUCUCAUUUUGAUCGAAGAUAAUGAUGGACCACAUGGUACGAAGGGCAAGGCUAAUAACAAGGCUAAGCAAGCCAAGAUCAAGCUUAACAUCAAGUGGCAAGCUCAGCCUUCUAAUUCGCCAGAUCUCAACCCUAUUGAGACCAUUUGGCGCAUUAUCAAGCAGCGUUUGAAGAAUAGGGGGGUCAUCUUCCAAACUGAGGCGCUGAAGGCUGCUAUCCAGGAGGAAUGGGAUAAAAUCAGCAUUGAGGAGAUCAACAAUGCUAUCUCUACCAUGCCAGAUAGAGUAACUUGUUUGCAAGAGCGUUUUGGGAAGGCCAUACCCUAUUAG